AUGGGUCAAGCAGAGAGCCACAAUGAGAUGGAUUUGGAGCAAAUUCAGGAGCUGUGUAUGGCUUUUAUGAAGGAGUGCCCGAGCGGGGCUUUGCACCUACAUGAAUUAAAACGGAUCUUUUGUAUACCAGCCAGCUGCGAGGAAGAGACUUUGUACAUUGAGACUGUCUUCCAUUCAUUCGACACAAACAGGGAUAACGCGUUGGAUUUUAUGGAGUAUACAGCCGCUCUUCAUCUGAUAUUGCGGGGGAAUCUUGAGGAUAGAUUGAAGUGGUCCUUUAAAAUCUACGACAAGGACGGGAAUGGCAAGUUAGACCGAGAAGAGGUGAAAAACCUCAUUCGGAUCAUUUACAAAAUCAAAAUUCAUACAACUGCCAUAAACAUGACACCUAAUGAAGUCUGUGACAGGAUCUUUGAGCUGGUCGACCAGAAUCAUGACGGCCAGAUUUCCUUUACUGAGUUCAUGGAGGGGGCCCAGAAGGACGAGUGGGUCAUGAAUAUGCUCAAGCUGGACGUCAACGCUAGUGGCUGGGUCAUGCAGAACUGUGUAAAAAUGACCUGAGCCCUCCAAACAGGCUCUCCCAUCUACACAGAGAGGGGUUGUGUCCCUCAAAUGGCAUCUGAGUUUUGCCUUUUUCUCACAAGAAACCUGAU